AUGGCGGAGAUUGCAACUGAACAAGCUGCAGGAGAGAAUCUGGAUCCUUUAUUAAAAAGGAACGAGAGUAUUUGGGGAUGUGCUGAAAGUGGAGCAAUGACUGAUAGAGCAUCUCAAUUGAGACACGGCAGGGUAGCACAUCAUGCUUCUAUGCGGAGAGAAAGGAGUCAGGGUGGUUCUGUAAAAGCACAAGCUAUGGAAGUAUUCCCUGAUGUCGUAUUAGAUGUUACGAUAUCUUAUACCAGAUUUAUAAACCAGACCGUCUUAUCUCUUCCUUAUUCGAACCCGUAUUAUGGAGGAGGGAAACGAGACGAAAAUAUCAGCAACAACUGGGUUUAUUACGGGACAGCUCAUGAUGUUCAUAUCGAUUUAUUACGCGCCUGUGCAUUUGGCAUUCUCUUCUCUUGUAAGGAAUUGACUUUCCUCAAACUUAGUUCAAUUUUCUUGUCAAUUCCACCUAAUUUCAACGGCUUUAAAAAAUUGCUUGAACUUCACUUGUUUCGUAUUGAAUUUGAGUCCGGUGCAAUUGAGAGUCUUGUGUCUGGUUGUCCUUUACUUGAGAAGCUCAAGAUUAAAUCAUGUGAUGGUUGUGAUUAUCUUGUUAUAUCUUCUCCUUCUCUCAAAGUCUUAGUGCUAGAAUUGUACGAUACAAAGUCAAUUUGUCUCAAGGAAGCAAAGAAUCUUAUCGAUUUUACACUCAAAACAAAUCCGACUAGAGGUUUGAUCAAAAGUUUGCCAAAAAUUAAGAAGUUUUCUCUGGACAAUUGGAUAAAGGAAUCAUAUGCAGAUAUCAUUCUUCCCCCGCUGCUAACAAGUUCAUUCAGCUCUUUGGAGUAUCUGGAAUUGGAUGACUUGAGUUUGAAUGAUGAAGGAGACUUUUUGUAUUUUGUCAGUGUUCUCAAAAGUUCUCCUAGGUUGAUUGAACUUGUUAUUAGACAGAGAUUAAAAGAUGUUGAUGCCACACAAGUGUCGGACCAUUCCAAGGAGUUAGAAUGCCGAAAUUGUUUCCUUAAGCUUCAGACAGUGAAUCUCCACGUUAGUACUAACUCGCAGCAUGGAAUGAGUUUGAUACAAUUCAUACUUGCAAAUUCUCCUUCAUUAAAGACCCUUAAUUUUUGGUGUGAUUUUGAAUUAGAUACACCUAUGUUGUUAAACAUUUCAAAAGACUUGUUACGGAUGGAACGAGCAUCACCAAAAGCACAGGUUGCUUUCCUUCAUCUUAAAGGAGUGGUACUACUUUAAGGGAAUGAGAGUAUUUGGGGUUUUGGUGAAAGUGGAUGUGUUGUAUGAUGUAAUGAACUUGUACUGAUGUAGCCAGAUUGUACCCACUUGUGAGAUGAAGAGGUGAAUAUCUACGUCUGAGCUGGUGCAAUGAGUUUACUUGCAAACUCUCCUUCAUUAGAGACUCUUAA